AUGGCAGCAGCAGCAGACAGCGCUGACGACUCCCCUGCAGCGCCCAGCGAUGCAGCAGAUGAUGCCGCAGCAGCCGCAGUAGUAACAGCAGCAGCAGCAGCAGCAGAAGCAGAUGUUGCAGCAACAUCAGCAGGUACUGGAUCGGUAGCAGCAGCGACCUCAGAUAAUGCAGCUUCUUCUGAGGCCUCCCGUGUGGGAGCAGCAGCUGCGGGCUCCGCCCCAGCAGCAGCAGCAGCAGCAACAGCAACAGCAACAGCAGCAGCAGCAGCAGCAGCUCGAUUUCCUUGGAGUGAGCAGCGCGAAGCAGCACUUGAGGCAUGCAGCGCAGUGGAGCGGGAGUUAAAGGCUCUGCUGCAGGACAGCAAGAAGAAGGCUGGCAGCAGCAGCAGCUGCAGCAAAUUGCAUGACUCUUGUGCUGCUGCUGCUGCGCUGCUGCAGCAGCACAUGGAUCGCUUGAGCGAGGGAUUGCCGGUGUUAGCUGCAGCAGUGCAGCGCUCUGCAGCAGCAGCUUCGCAGCGGGGUGCAGCAGCAACAGGAGCAGCAGCAGCAUCCGGAGCAGCAACAGCAGAAGCAGCAGCAGAAGCAGCAGCAAGCCUACUAGCAGCCUUCCCUAUUAGAGAUGUCCUUCUAGUAGCUCGAGACGCAACAAAGACUGAAAACAUAAAGCUGCUGUUUGGAGCUGCAAACUUGCUGCGCUGUCUGCUGCUGCACCUGCAGCGUAGGCUGCUCAUGACUCCUCAGGCCCCGGCGCUGCAGCAGCAGCAGCAGCAGCAGCUUCUGCUGCCGGUUAAGCGGGACGCGCUGCAGCAGGAACCUGGAAUUGAUACAGAUGCUGCUGCUGCUGCCACGGAAGCAGCAGCUUCAGACGUGCUGCUGCUUGUGUCGGUGCUUGAAGACCUGAUGCAGCAGUCGCUGCAGCAGCAGCAACAGCAGCAGCAGCAGCUGCAGAUUCGGGUGCUGCAGCUCGCUCUGCUUGUUGCUGCUCCAGAGGCACGCGUUGCUGCUGAUGCUGCAGUCGUUCACAGACUCGCUCGUCUCCUUGUCUGGUUAAUAGGAGCAGCAGCAGCCCCUGCUGCUGCUGCUCCUGCUGCAGCACCUGCUGCAGCCCCUGCUGCUGCUACUCACUCCAAAAUUGCUGCUGCUGCUGCAGCAGCAACAACAAAUGCCGCUCUCUUUCACGGUGCAUGCGCCGGUCUGGAGCAGCUGAUUGGCUGUCUCGUUAGCGGGGCUUUGCAGGAGCAGCAGCAGCAGCAGCAACAACAACAGCAGCAGCAACAACAGCAGCAGCAGGAAGGCCUGGAUCCUGCAUCAGCAACGGAGCUUUCACCUAGAAAUCUCAACAGGUGCAGCCGCAGCAGCAGCGACCCGGAGAAUAAUAACUGUCUGCAACAGCAGCAGCAGCAGCAGCAGCAACAACAACAGCAGCAGCACUUGCUGCUGCAGCAGAUGCAGCCGGGCCGCGCGGGACGGGCGCUGUUGCAUCUGCUCGAGGAUUUGACCCACGUGCUGCUGCAGUCUUGCAGCAGCAGCAACAACAACAACAGCAGCAGCAACAGCACCAGCAACAACAACAACAACAGCAGCAGCAGCAGAAGCAGCAAAUCGGUGAGCGCUGCAGCUUGGCUGGGGGGGUUGUCUCUGUCUCCUUCUGUCUGUCUCCACCUGUGGACGUGGCUGCUGCUGCAGCACCCUUCUCUGCCGCUGCAGCUGCCUGGUUUGCUGCAGCUGCUGCAACAGCAGCUAUGCCCAGUGCUGCAGCAGCUGCUGCUGCAGCCGCAGCCCGAGAGGCCGGUGCUGCUGCGCUCUGUAAGGCUUGUCGUGCUGCUGCUAUGCAUGUACCUUCCGCUGCUGCAGCAGCAGGCAAUUCCUUUGCUGCUGCUGCUGCAGCGGCUAGCAGAUGCAGCAGCAGAGUGGAUUAGGGCCGUCGCACUUGAAGCCCUCACAGUUUGCUGCAGUGAUCCCGUGCUGCUGCUGCAGCUGGACGCCCCGGAGCCUGCUGCUGCUCCUUCAGCAGCAGCAGCAGCGGCUGCUGCAGCAGCUGCAGCGGAAGGAGGAGAAACAGGUGCAGCAGCAACAGCAGCAGCAGCAGCAGCAGCAGCAGCACGGCCUCCGCCGCGUCGUUUGCUGGGCCAGAUCUUAGAGACCUUCAGCCGCACCAUUCAUCAGAUUUGCUUCGCGUCUGCUGCAGAGCAGCAGCAGCAGCUGCUGCUGCUGCACAGAGAUGCCUUUCAAAUGUCUGAGGAUCCUCUUCCUGCUGCUGCUGCACCGCAGCAACGCACUUCAGGUGUACGGACAGCUGUGGGGUCAAUUCGUGCUGCUGCUGCUGCUGCCAGAAGAGAGGCGGCGGGUUACUGGGUUGCGCUGCCCCUCAGCAGCAGCAGCAUCAGCAUAAGCAGGAGCAGCAGCAGCAGCAGUAGCAGCAGCAGCAGCAGCAGCAAGAUGCGGCUGGGAAUGCUCUCCCGCGAUGCUGCAUUGCUGCCGAACAGCAGCAGCAGCAGCAGCAGCACCACGAGCAGCCGGACCAGCAGCCCACGUAGGAGCGCGAGCGGGCCCUCGGGUUCAGCAGCAGCAGCAGCCGCUGCUGCUGCUGCUGCUACUACAUCUUCUGUGGCAGCAAGGCAUGGAUCAGUUAGCUCCAUAGGAUUUGGCUCUCGUGAACUGCAGCAGCAGGCAGGGAGCAGCAGCAGCAGCAGCAACAGCAGCAGCAGUAUCCGCAGCAAGGCUUCAUCAGCAGAGUCUGCUGCUGCUGCUGGUCCUGCUGCUGCUGCUGCUGCUGCUGGGUGUGAGGCAUGGGAUACGUCUCCUCGGCUGCUUGAAUGCUGCGCUGCUUUGGGGUGCCCUGAGGAAGAAGCAGCAGCAGCUGCUGCUGCCGCUGCUGCUGUUUCAAAGGCUAGGCUGCUUCACAUAUCCCUCUCUGGGCUGUUGCUAGCUGUAGAGGCGUUGUUUGCAGCAACGCUCGAGGCUGCUGCUGCUGCGCCGCCUGCAGCAGCGGCUGCUGCUGUUGCUGCUGCUGCUGCAGCUGCUGCUGGAGAAGGAGCAGAACCAGAGCAGCAGCGGAGACGGCUGCUGCUGCUGCUGCGGCAACCCCUCGACUUCCCACUGACACAGCAGCAAGCUUGCUGCUGCGCUGCUGCUGCUGCAGGGUGGAGCCCUGCUGUCUCUGCCUUGGGCUUAGUGCUUACAGCUCAUGUCUCGCUUACGCUGCAAGCUGGUGCAAGCAGCAGCAGCAGCAGCAGCAGCAGCAAGAAGGAGAUGGGUUUCACAUGGCCGGGGCAGGCGGCAGCAGCAGCAGCAGCAGCAGCAACGUACACUUUGCUUCGCUGCUGCUACCAGCUGCUGGCUGUCUGCUGCCUUAUGCGUAUUGAUGCAGCAGGGACGGCGACCCUGCAGGGUGUAAUGAGAUUUUGUUUAUAUGCUGCACUGGGGAGUGCUGCUGCUGCUGCUACUGCUGCAGCACAAGAGCCUACCCCCCACUUGCACCGCAGCAGCAGCAGCAGCAGCAGCGGUUCCUCAGCAGCAGCUGCUGUUGUUGCUGCUGCAGGGGGCGCUGCAGCAUCUUUGGGCCUUACAGGGUCUGAAGCGUUAAGCUGGUUAUUUGGAAGACGCGACACGAAGAGCAGCAGCAGCAGCAGCAACAGCAGCAGCAGCAGCAGCAGCAAGCUGCCGCAGCAGCAGGUAUCGCAGCUUGCUGCUGCUGCUCGCACCUUUCUCUUUGCUGUCAUUACUAACUGCGGUAGCAUCCUCUCACCUUCUUGUUGGCUGCUCUGCCUCCGCGCGCUCGAGGAGCUGCCGCCUCCUGACCCUCAGCAGCAGCAGCAGCAGCAGCAGCAGCAGCAACAGCAGCAGGUGGGUCUGGACUUCCCUCCGAACUACGGCAUACCUGCGAUUUUGAUGGAGCCGGCAGCACCUGCAACAGCAGCAGCAGCAACAGCAGCAGCAGCAACAGCAGCAGAAGCAGCAAAUGCAGCUUCUGCAGCAACAGAAGAGGAGAGCUCCGACGAUGUAGCAGCAGCAGCAGCCUAUUGGAGGGAUUUAGGCUUGAGUGAACGUGCUGCAGCAGCAGCAGCAGCAGCUGCUGCUGCUGCUGCUGUGUCAGCUGCCUCUUCUGCGUGCCCAUUAGCCGCUCGAGGUCCUUUUGCUGCGGAUGGCAGCAGCAGCAUUAUCAUCAGCAGCAGCAGCAGCGCCGAGCAACAGGUGCCAUCGUCUCCAUCUUCGUCUGCAGCUGCUUCUGCUGCUGCUGCUGCUGCUGCUGCUGCAGCUAGCAAAGGGGAGAUAGCCGCUUUCGGAUUGCUUUCGAGACAGCUAACUAGCCAGGGCUUGAGCUGCGCGCUGCAGGCGCAUGCAAAGUAUUUGCUGCUGCUGCUGCUAAAGGCUUCUUCUACCUCUGGUGGUACUGGGCCUGCAGCAGCAGCAGCCGCUGCUGCUGCUGCUGCUGCUGCAGAUUCCCCCGCAGGUUUAGGCCACCAUAUGCAGCAGCAAGGUGAGCAGCAAGACACCGCAGCUCACUGCUGCUGCAGCACCGGAGGAGCUUGCCAGAUAUCCGGGUGCGCAGCAGCAAUCUCAGCAACAGCAGCAGCAGCAACCGCAGCAGCAGCAGCAACAGGCAGCGGCGCUGCAGCAACGUGGCAGGGGUGCAGCAGCAACUCGCUCGAGUCGUUUAUAGGACCGAGAACGGAGACGCUGAGCAGCAGCAGCAGCAGUAGCAGCAGCAGCAGCGAGGCUCUGUUGCUGCCUCCCUGUUGGAGGCGGCUGCUGCUGCUGCUGCUGUACAACGUCGACCGCUUGCCGCUUCUUAUACGGGGUGCUUGGCUGCGCCCCACAGCAGCAGCAACAGCAGCAGCAGCAGCAGCAGAUGAGGAUGAGCAGACAGACGCCUUGGGCUUUGCUGCACAUGCAGAUACACCGCAGCUAAGUGCAGCAGCAAGGGUGGAGGCUGUGCGGUGCUUGUCUUUGAGUUUGCAGCUGCUGCUGCCUGAGAUCAGCGCUUGCUGCUCUGCAGCAGCAGCAGCUGCUGCUGCUGCUUGCCCAGAGGAAAGCGCAGCAGCAGCAGAAGCAGCAGCAACGGUGGAGGCGGAGCUGCAGUGGCUGGUGCUGCAGGGGCUCUGCAGGCUGCUGGCAGCAGCAAACGGAGUGUCUCGCUUUGCUGCUCUCAGGUCGCUGCAGCAGCUGCUGCGGACGCAAGGGCAGCUGCUGCAGCAAAGAGCUUGGCUGCUGAUUCUUGCUGCUGUUGCUGCUGCUGCAGCACAGCAGGUCCCCCAGGAGCUCCGCGCUGUCAUAGGAGCGGUUGCGGAUGCGCGCAGGAGCAGCUGGUACAGCAGCAGCAGCAGCAGCAGCAGCAGCCAGCAGCAGCAGCAGCUGCUGCAGCAACUACGCUCUCCUGGCUGCAUUGCUGAGCGCAGAGAAGUGCUGGCGUUGAUGGAGUUAAUUGUGCAUGACUACGGGGAGGACGUUCCCGUGCAUCGGCUGACGCACGUUCUGGCCGCAGCUGUGGCUGCAUUGGCGAUAUCUGAGGAUAGCAGCAGCAGCAGCAGCAGCGACGCAGCAGCAGCAGCAGCAGCAGCAGCAGCGGGCGUCCCUGAUCUGUCUGGGGGGUUUGCUUCAUGCUUCUCUUAUCGCUGCAUUGGCCUCCUUUGGUCGCUCGCAGAUUUCCUAGGGAAGACACGCCGCAAAAGAGCUGCUGAUGCUGCUGCUGCUGAUGCUGCUGCUGCUGUAGAGAGUGGCGGUGUCAGUGCACCCCCGACGGCUGCAGCAGCAACUGCAGCAUCAACUGCAGCAGCAGCAGCAGCAGCAGACAAGCGGCUGUUUGGUUUGCCGUUUGCUUCUUCUCUGCGUGUCUUUGAACCUCUGUGGGCGGCCGACGAGCAGCAGCAGCAGCAGCAGCAGCAUCAGCAGCAGCAGCAGCAGGAGGAAGUAGAGGAGGGGUUAACUCGUCAGACGUUUUUAUAUUUGGGUGUACUGUCUACUGAGAAGAGGCCGGGGCUGCGGCACUGCGCAUUAAAAAGCCUUGUUGCUGCUGUUCGCUCAUCUCCGCUUCUCGUUCAUCGCAACAAAUCUCUUACGUGUGUUUCUCGUAUACUAACGAAGACUUUGCUGGACGUGUGCAGCACCUACGUGAGGCUGACAGCCCUCAAGGAUGAGAAGUGUAGCAGCAGCAGCAUCAGCAGCAGCGCAACCAGCAACAGCAGCAGCAGCAACGGCAGCAGCAACAUUGAAACAGAGCUGAAGCAGUGGGCAGAGACUCUUGUGAUUGCUGUGGACGGCGUGCGUGUGCUGCUGCUGCACUACGCAGCUGCUCUGCAGCAGCAGCAGCAGCAGCAACAGCAGGCAGCAGAAGCGAAAGACGAAGCAGGAGGAACAGAGGUGGUGCUCGAGUCUGCUGCUGCGCUGCUGCUGACGCUCGAGGCAGCAACAAAGACACGCAAAGGGCUUCUACCUGAGUUGCUGCUAGCAGCAAACGCCUCCAUUGCAGAUAUCCUCACCCUCUCCGUUGCUGCUGCUCCUAUUGAGCUGGAUAUGCUGCAACAGCUUUACCGCCGUGCUGAGUUUGCUGCUGCUGCGGACCCCACAUGCAGCAGCAGCAGCAGCAGCGGGGAGCAGACGACAACUUUGUGGGCGAUGGGUUGGGCGGUGUAUUGGCAGCUGGCGAGGAACCUGCUGCCGCCGCUGCAUGCGCUGCAGCAAACAAGGAGCGAUGAGCAGCAGCAGCAGCAGGAGCAGCAGCAGCAGCAGCAGCAACAGGAGCUGCGCAGCUCUUUGGGGGCGCAGGAGGCGGAAGCCGUGAUGUCUUCUCUGGUGGAUCUUCUAGAGUUUGCUGCUGCUCGACGGACAGCAGCAGAAGCGGCAGCAGAUUCAGCAGCAGCAACAGCCGCAACAGCAGCAGCAGCAGCAGCAGCAGCAGCAGAUUCCGCAGCAGCAACAGCAUCCACAACAACAGGGUUGGUGGAGCAUGCGGUGUCUCUGCAGUUGGCUUUGGGGCUUAUUACAUCUCCUUCUCUAUUCUCUCGUCAUGCAACGCCUCUUGCCUUACCUGCUGCAGCAGCUGCGAAGAUCACCACACGGACUAGUGCGCUGCUGCAGCAGCAGCAGCAGCAGCAGUUGUUGCUGCUGCUGCAGCAAGAGCAGCAGCAUGCAGCAGCAUCUGCUGCUGCAGAGGAAGGACCUUGGUUUUCUUGGGCUGUCGUCCGCAGCAGCGUUUUGCAAUUUGUUGCUGCAGCAGACGGGCGGCUGCUAGGAGAUUCCCCGGUGCUGCAGCAGCAGCAGCAGCAGCAGCAACAGCAUCAGCAGCUGCUGCUGCAGUUGCCGGCCGAGCGCAGCUGGUCGGCAGCACCGGCAACGGCGAGCAGCAGCAGCAGCACCAGCAGGAGCAGCAGCAGCAGCAACAGCAGUAGCAGCGGCAGAACAAAAAGAAGCGACAGCAAUGCCAAGGCUAUCACUUCCUGCCUGCGCCUGCAGCCCCACGCAGCAGCAGCAGCAGCAGCUGCUGCUGCUGCUGCUGCAAACAGCAGCAGCAGUCCCCAUGCAGCAGCAGCAGCAGCAGCAUCACCACAGCAGCCGAGAUCAACAAAUCCCUUCGAGCCCGAGAGCACCGCAUGCAGCAGCACGAGCAGCACGCCAGCAGCAGCAGCAGCUGCUGCUGCUGCUGUUGCUGCUGCUGCUGCUGCACCAACAACGGCCAUGUUAGACGAGAUGAGGGAAAGGAUCGACUUGCGGCGUUUUCUGCCACUGCAGCAAGCUACAGCAGCAGCAGCAGCUACUACUACUGCUGCUGCUGCGGACACGGGAGCAGCGGCUGCUGCAGACACCAACACAGCAGCAGCAGCAGCAGCAAGUGCUGCUGCUGCAAGUCUGAAAGAUGAACUGCCGUUCUGCUGCUCCUUUCGCCUCACAAGUGUGCAGCUAAUGACUUGCAACCGUGUGCUGCAGCUGCUGCCUACUGCAGCAGCAGCUGCUGCUGCUGCACCUGCUGCUGCUUCACCUGCUGCUGCUGUUCCUGGAGGCAUUUUGCUGUGUCUUGUGGAUGAGCUGUGCAGAGUGCUGCUGGAUCCGCGGCGUUUGUAUGGCGAUUCGCUGAGCCUGGCGCUCGGCAGCUCGGCGCUGCUGCUGCUGCUGCAGGUCUUCAGACAGACAAUAGUGAAGGCAUUCUAUGCAGACUCCCUGCAGCAGCAGCAGCAGGACCAGCAGGAGCUGCAGCAGGAGGACCAGCAGGAGAAGCAGAAGCAGUCAAAUAGCAGCAGCAGCAGCAGCAGGAGCUUGACAGCACUGGAUGGUGUACUGCGGUGUGUGCCGCUGGUGCUGCAGCACUUUGCUGCUGCUGCAGCAACUCGCCGCGACCCUCGUCUUCGGUCUGUAGGCUUCUGGGCCUUAGCAGCACAAGCCGUAUGCACUCUGUGCGAAGAUGCAGCAGCAGCAGCAGCAGCAGUAGCAGCAGCAGCAGCAGGAGGAGGGAAGUCUUUGCUGUCUCCGGACACUGUAGAGCAGCUGUGGGGUGCAGUAGCAUGGGCGCUGCUGCAGCUCGCCACUGAUGACAACGCCCUAGUGCAGCAGCAACAGCAGCAGCAGCAGAAGCUGCUGCAACAGCAGCAAGAACUGCAGAAACGUCAGCAGCAGGUGCAGCAGCUACUGCACAAACACCAACAACUCAAUGCCGUUCAAACACAUCUGCCACAGCCCUUCAGCGCUCCGUCCUUCCUUCCUCCAGCUGCAGCAAACGAGUUGUAUCUGCAACAGCAGCAGCAGCAGCAGCAGCAGCAGCUGUUCCCGCAGCAGCCGCCACCGCCUCCGUAUGCAUGCAGCCUGAGCCACCAGCAAUCACUGCAGCAGCUGCUGCAGGAGCAGCAGCAGCUGCAGCAGCAGCUGCAGCACAUUCAACACGAACUGCAGCAGCAACACCAGCAGCAACUUUGUGACAGCCCCGAGGUUGUCUUGCUGCGGCGCUGGGUGCUGCGCAUUGCUGCUGCAGUGCUGCAGCAGCAGCAGCAGCAGCAAUGGUCAACCGCCACGUUAGCUGAUCUUGCUUCAGUGCUGCAGCUUGCAUGCACUGACAUGAGGGCCCCCUCGACAUUCGCACGGGAGGCGUUUUCCUUGUUCUUUCGUGUCUGCGAAGAGCGCAGCAACGACGCGGUGCUUGCAGAGGGGACGCAUGCAGCAGCAGCAGCCCGAGCAGCAGCAGCAGCAGCAGCAAGGCAAGAAUUCCUGCUGCCGCUGCUGCUGCAGCAGUGUGACAGAGUUGUCAGGGCGUAUGCAGAUGCCCCCCAAAGAGGUUGCGAGCUGAGUUCUGUCGAUGCACGUUUGUUAGAAUUUGUAUUUUCAAGUGUACGUACACUCCAAUGCGCACCGCCUGCCUCUGCACAUAACAACCCCUCAAGGAUCUCAGUGCUGAUGCAACUCGCAGGCGGAAAGGCGCAUCUGCUGCUGUUGAUGCCCAAGUUCGUCUCCCUCGUCUCCUGCGAUGAUGCCUGUUUACGGCGAGAGGUGCAGCUCUGCUUGCAGACGACAGUGGAGGCCCUCGGGCUCUCUCAGCAGCAGCAGCAGCAAGAGGAGCAGCAGCAGCGAGAGCAGCAGGAGCAGCACGAGCAGCAGCAGGAUGGGGACCAAGAGAGCAAUAGCUUGAGCCCUAAAACCCCCUGA